UGACCAGCUGCUGGUGCUGACGGACGCGGGCGCCGUCCACGCCUGCGACGUGGGCUCCGGGCGCUGGAGCCCGGUGCUGGAGGACGGGCGCUUCCGCUCCUACGGGCUGCUGGAGGUGGCGCGGCUGCCGGGCCGAGCCGCGCUGGUUGCCAUGGGCAGCCUGGGGGGGCACGUCCGGGUCUUCCCCUUGGAGCACGUGGCAGGCGGGGCGGAGCGGCAGCUCUUUGCGGGCAAGGUGCACAGCCUGAGCUGGGCCUCGCGCCCAGGCAGCGAUCCUGGCACCUGCGCGCUCUUCGCCUCGGGCCCUGAGGGUGCCUUGCUCUGGAUGGAGGCCUGCUGCGGCCCCGGGGGCCAGGGCUUGGUGCUGAUCCCCCGGGGACGCUACCUGCUGCCACUUUGCAAACACCGCUGGCACACCAGCGCCGCCUUCCUGCCCCAGGACGGGCUCUGGGUCUGCGGUGACCGCAGGGGCUCUCUGCUGCUCUUCCCCUGCGGCCCGGACCCUGCCCGAGGGGAGGGAGAGAGCGAGGAGCCCCCGGCCUGCAGAAACACCCCCGAACCUGUUGGCGAGUCCCCCGCACAGGGUCCCGUCUCCCUCCUCUUCGGGCUGCAUGGGAAGAUGGGCGUGACCUCGGUGACCUGUCACGAGGGCCUGGUGUACAGCACGGGCAGGGACGGCUGCUUCCGGCAGCUCUCCUCUGGGCUGCAGGUGCUGCGCGAGGCCCUGCAUGGGCGGCAAGUCACAAGUGUGCGGCACGUGGGGGCCGUGCUUGGACCAGGCCGCCCUCCCCUGCAUGUGCUCGUCACGGGCAGUGAGGAUACCACAGCCACGAUCCUGGCCCUCGACACAGAGGACGGCACGGCCACGCCGCUCACCACGCUCAGCGACCACAUCUCUAGCAUCAGGGCCUUGGCCGUAGCUGCCGGGAGCCUGAGCCCGCCUGCGCCCGGGGAGCUGUCGGCCCUGCUGGUGUCGGCAGGGGGCCGGGCGCAGCUGGAGCUGCUGAGCGCAGCCCCCACGGCCCCAGCUGGCAUCGCCUGCCUGGUGCUGCACGUGGCCUCCCACCGGCUGGACGAGCGCUGGGACCGCAUGAGAAACAGGCACCGCAUGGUCAAGAUGGAUCCUGAGACAAGGUACAUGCGCGUUGCGGUCGUGGUUGGCGCUGAUGCCACGGAGCUGCUGCCACCUUGCCUGGUGCUGGCUGCUGCUUGCAGCGACGGAUCUGUGCGGCUGUUUGUGCUGCAGGAGGCGUCCCGGGGCCUGCACCCCUCCUGCCGGGGGGGUGAGGGGCAGGGACCCCGAGCAGCAGCCAGGCAUUGCCCCCUGACAAACCCCUGGCAUGGAGUCAGCAGGGGCCACCCAGGCUGUGGGAGCUGUACGGGGUGGAGCGUCCUGUGCCCCCGACUAUGCCCCCACCCUGCCUGUUUCCCCAGGAAACACUUCCUGUGCAGUGCCGCCACGGAUGGCAACAUUGCCUUCUGGGAUAUCACCGCCACUGUCGCUCAGGCCACGGCAGCCCCGAAGCCAACGGACGAGGAGACGCAGCCCUGGGACCUGGGUGCCCCGGUGCUGACCGUCCCAGCACACAGCUGCGGUGUGAACAGCCUCCACGUCCUGGAGAUGCCCAGCGGGCGCUUCCUGGUGGCCAGCGGCAGUGAUGAUGGCUCCAUCCACGUGUGCGUCGUGGCUGUGGGUGCAGCCACCGCGCCAAUCCUGUUGCAGGAGCAGCUGCGGCAGCCAAGCGCCCACGCCGCUUGGGUGCCCGGGCUGCGGCUGCUGCAGCCUGACCUGCUGGCUUCUGCCUCUGUGGACCAGCGCCUUGUGCUGUGGCACCUGGGCAAGGCAGGCCUCGCCUUCCUGGGUGCCAGGUUUUGCCCCGUGGCAGACGUAGCGGAGCUGGACUGCUGGGAAGCCACGAGGCCAGGGGAGCAGCCAGGCUACUGUUGCGCACUGGCCGGGCAGGGCCUGGAGGUCUUGUGGUGCCAGGCCUGAGCGGGCAAUAAAGGGCUGGUGACCCGGGGCCAGGCUGGGCGCCCUCGUUCCUGGGAGGGGGGGCCGGGGUUGGGACCAUGCAGCUGCUGCAGGGAACACUUGGCACUGGAGCCCUACGCAUAUUUUGUGCCCGGCUGGCAGCUGCCUUUGUGCCCUUGCUGCGGCUGCUGCAGAGCUGCAGGCUGGGCUGGGCUGUGAUGCUGCUGCAGACACAGCUCUCCAGGCAAGCGAGGUGCGGGGCAGGCACCCCGCGGGCACUGGGGCAGCCGUCCGUGACCCAGGCGCUGGCACUACCCUGGGCUGCGCCGGGCACACAAGUGCAACCCUGCCCUGUGGGAGACACCAGGAGGUAGAGAUGGAGAUCUUGGGUAUAUGGGGAGGGUGCUACUGAGCUGGGCUUGGUGCCACGUGGUCCACAAGAGGCUGCUGCUGUCACCACGCAGGCUGCGCAGCCUGUGCCUGGAGGUGCCUUCCCUGCUGUCCCUCGGGUGACCGGCUGCCAGCCAGGCUCCACGGGCGCACAGGACGUGCCCCCUUCCCUAGGCGGGUGCCAUGCGUGGAUGCCUCUGCUCGCAGGCUCUGGCAAUUUCCUCUG